AUGACUACAGACUAUGUUGCCGAUAUGGGAAGUUGUAAGCUGAGUGGUGGAGAUAUCGUACAUAACUGGAGGAGUGUUCUACCGGCUUCGAUGGUCUCGAAAAGUGAAAUCAGCGUAUGGAGUGUGCUCAAAAAGUGCAUGGGAAAGGAUUUAACGCGAAUUUCUAUUCCAGUAGUUUUCAAUGAACCACUCAGUUUCCUGCAGCGUCUUGCUGAAUACAUGGAUUAUGCGGAAUUAUUAGAGAAAGCAAGUAACUGUAUAGAUGCCAUCGAAAGAUUUGAGUAUGUUGCUGCAUUCAUUGUUUCAUCACUCUCUUGUAAUUAUAUGCGAUUGUCGAAGCCAUUCAAUCCUUUGUGGUUUGAAACCUUUGAAUUAGAUCGAAGUGAAGAAAGUGGCUAUCGCUUCAUUGCCGAGCAAGUAAGCCACCAUCCACCCAAAUCUGCUUUUCAUGCUGAAUCUAAAAGUUAUGAAUUUGAUGGUGUUGUUUCACCACGAUUGAAAUUUUGGGGAACAUAUAUUGAAGUACAACCAUCGGGGAAUUUUCAGCUAAAAUUUUUGAAUCAUAACGAAACUUAUACCUGGAAAACACUGAAUGUAACGGUUCACAAUAUCGUGAUGGGACAAAUGUAUAUAAAGUUGGAAGGGCAUCUUCAUAUACAAUGUAAUACAGGAUUCGAGUGUAAGCUUUCUUUUAAGAAUAACGAUAAUGGGCCUUCGAAACAGAGUACUUUCUUUCACGGAUUCAUAUCAAAGCAUCUUGGCUUGAAAGAAAAAGCUUCAAGAGCAAUUUACGGAAACUGGACAACAUUUCUUGCUACUUGUGAAGUUGCUAAUUUUGAGUUUCGUUACAAUGAUUGGUUGGAAAUUGGCAAACAGCUCUUUCAAAACUGUUCUGCUCCGACAAACAUUCCCUUAAUUCAAGGAUCAAAGCUGAUAUGGAAGUGUCGUCCUCGACCCUCGAAUUCUUCGACGAUGUAUAAUUUUACUUCGUUUACAUUUCUUUUAAAUGAUCCAUCUGACAUAACGGACUUGUUACCUCCAACUGACAGUCGACGAAGACCCGACAUACGUUUGUUUGAAUCAGGUCAAAAAGAAGCGGCUGAGAAGGAAAAGGAACGCCUAGAGGUUAAGCAAAGACAGGCUCGUGCUUUAAUGAAAAAGACAAAAGAAAAAUUACCCAAAUGGUUUAAAAAUGUGCAUGCGAUUUCUAAAGAAGAUCAGUUAUUAUGGAUGUUCACUUACAAAUAUUGGAAUCGUGAGUAUUAUGACUGUGAAGAUAUUUAUUGA